CUCUCUCUCUCUCAUUUUUAUUCCCCUAGCUAGCUAGCGUACUCUCUCUUCAAUUAUACAUAUAACCGACUCUCUCUCUCUCUAGACUACCCAUCCCUUAUAUAUUGAUUUAUCAUCGAAGAAGAAGAAGAAAAAAAAUGAUAUUUCGUCAAAAUUAAGAAGAUCAUCAUCAGAAGCUAGCUUGCAGUUUGAACAUGGGUUUUUCAGGAGCAUCAGAGGAAGAGCGGAAUUAAGGUUGUUGUUGGAGCUACUUUCAUGGCGAACAAUAGAGAAACACAAAUACUAGACCAUUCACACAACACUACUCCGCAGCAAAGCCAGCUAUUUCAAGAUCAUCAUGGACGUAAUCAUCAUCAUCAGCAGAGGAUUUCAUUCGGAAUGAUGCAAUCAUCUCCAUCAUCAUCGUCAAACAUUCCUGCCAAUUUCAUAAGCAAAGACAGUACUGGAGCUUAUAAUGAUUUGGGUGAGUUAGAUCAAGCCCUUUUUCUUUAUCUUGAUGGUCAAGACCCCUCAUCACUUCAACACCAAAGACAGAGUUCUGGGAUGAGGCCUCCCACAUUAAACAUUUUCCCUUCUCAGCCUAUGCACGUAGUAGAGCCAUCAUCAACAAAGGCAGCAAGUGUUGGAUUAGUUUCUCCUGCAACCACAGCUGGUUCAAAGAGAUCAUCUGAGCCGUCCAUGGAAUUAUCCAACCCCAAAAACAAUGAUAUUGCCUCUGGACAUGAUCAACCAGCCAAAGCUAUCAAGCGAGAAGGAAACCGCAAAGGUCCAUUAUCAAAUUUAGAGCAGGAAGGACCCAAAACACCAGACCCUAAGACAUUGAGGAGACUUGCCCAGAAUAGAGAAGCAGCUAGGAAAAGCAGACUUAGAAAAAAGGCUUAUGUUCAACAGCUAGAGUCAAGUAGGAUCAAGCUUACUCAACUAGAACAAGAACUACAAAGGGCAAGAGCUCAAGGUGUAUUUCUUGGUGGUGCUCUUUUGGGAGGAGACCAAGGCCUUCCUGUUGGUAUCAACAACAUUAGCUCAGAUGCAGCGGUGUUUGAUAUGGAGUUUGCAAAAUGGCUUGAAGAGCAUCAACGAGUCAUAUACGAGCUGCGAGCAGCAGUACAAGAGCAUCUACCCGAGAAUGAACUUCGACUCUUUGUGGACAAUUGCUUAGCACACUUUGAUGAGAUCAUGACCCUCAAAAGCAUGGUUGUCAAAUCCGAUGUCUUUCAUCUUGUUUCCGGUAUGUGGAAGACUCCGGCAGAACGUUGCUUCAUGUGGAUCGGAGGCUUUCGCCCAUCUGAGCUCAUCAAGAUUGUUGUGAAUCAAGUAGAGCCGUUGACAGAGCAACAACUGUUGAGUAUAUAUGGAUUACAACAAUCAACACAGGAGGCGGAGGAAGCUCUAUCUCAAGGGCUUGAAGCUCUGAAUCAGUCUCUCUCCGAGACCAUUGUUUCUGACGCAUUGAGCUAUCCCGCUAAUAUGGGCAACUACAUGGGCCAGAUGGCCAUUGCCAUGAACAAGCUCUCAACCCUUGAAGGUUUUGUAAGACAGGCAGAUAAUUUGAGGCAGCAAAUGAUUCACCGGCUACAUCAAAUCCUGACGGUCCGUCAAUCCGCGAGGUGCUUCCUGGCCAUCGCUGAGUACUUCCAUCGCCUGCGAGCUCUCAGCUCUCUCUGGGUGGCACGUCCCCGCCAGGAAUAAACCAAAUCUCGAAGAAAAAAACAGAACAAAAAAAAAAAAAUCUACUUACCUUCAUAUCUUUUAAUCUUUCCUUAGAUUUUUAUGGUUUCUCUUGUACGUGUCCCUUUCAACAUAGAUGUAAAGAUAGACUGAAAUCAAAUAGAUUAUGAUUUUAAAAGUAAAUGUACUUUCUCUC